AUGCCGUUGGCAAAGCGUCGUCAGGGGACAUCCUUGCCUGCGCUGGUGCCCACAAGUCAAGCUGGUAAUGCGGCUCGCGUUCGGAGCCGAGAGACCGCUGAGAAUGCAUCUGUAGAUACAGACAACAAGGUGGAACGUCAUCGCUAUGCAAAGUUGCUUUUGAAGUACGUGCAGCGCUACCAGCAAUUCAAUUCGGUAGACCUUUUUGUAGAGACGAUGAUGCGAGAUCUCGCCGUGCAGGAUGGCAUCACGUUGCAGACCCGUGCUGCGGCGGCGACGUGGGCAAUGAAGCUUCUCUGUAACUCAUCUCACAGGCAAGUAAUGGAAAUCCUUGUGGGAGCCGUGUUCCCCGCCAUAUACUGCAACUACGACGAGCGGAGACUGGACUACGCGCCAUCAGCGCUGCAAGCUGUUGUGAUGGACCGCGCUUUAAUCCAUGAUAACCCAUACUUCUCGCAUACAACCUACAUGCAGGAGCUCAGUGUGAGCCACACCAAAGUGGAAGACCUCAGGGAGCGUCUGCAACGGUCUCUGACGACCAAUAUAGAAUUGAAACGACUUUCCGUUGUUAUUCUCGAGUACGUUCGAGUGGAAACGAAGCGGAAGGCUUUUAGGGCGUGGCAUGCGCUCGCGCGGAAGCGACGUGUAGAUGCGAUGCUUCGCCGCAAUGUUAUACGGCGACAUAAUAAAACUGUGCGCUCUUCUUGUAUGCAGGCUGCGUUCUUUCGGUGGAGAGCUGCUGUGGAGACAUCUCGUACAGAAUACCUUACUGAGCGUCUGCACCAGGCAGCUUUUCAGCUGGAAAGCGCAAAGAAUCAGUUCCAGAUGCAGUGCUUCCGCGCAGACAAGCUGCAGUUGAACUGCGGGCAGGUGCAAGCGGAGCUUCGGACCGUGAUCGAAGAACGUGAAGCGCUUCGGCGACGAGUGGAAGAGCUCAGCGAGACACUUGUGCUCAGAGAGAAGGAGCACCAAGAGCGUAUGGCCGCACGUAUGCGGGAGGUGCUUACGCUCGUGCAAGGGCAGCGGCGGAUGUUGAAGAAGGCGAUGGGCACCCGCUUUCCCGCGGAAGAUGUCACUGCGGGUUGGGUCGACCAAGCUAUCGAAGAGUACACGCUAGAUAUGGCCGAUUCCGUGUCCGAUGGAGGUGGUGAGAAUUCCCAACAGGGACAUGUAUUCCUCCUCAAAUGGUGCAACCAUAUCUUGGCGCAGCAGCGGACAAAAAAGCCUUUGCAUGUGUCAAACUUCGCAGAGGACUUUGCUAAUGGUGAGGCGUACUGCCAUAUAAUGCGCCACGUCUUUGCAGAUACGCAGGGAAAGAUUCCACCAUUGCCGCGCUCCUUUGUAGAGCGAAUGAAUUGGAUGUGUAGAGUGGUCUCGAACACGCAACUUGCCCUGGUCCUGAAGCCGGACGACUUCACCCAGCACCGCGAGGACAAGAUGACAGUGUCACUCGCCGAGAUAUUCGCUAAUCACGUCGAUAAUAAGCGGACAACAUCUGCGAACAAAGCAUAUGACUUUUUUCAUGGCAUGUUGCCGUUUCAGGAGAAAGACUCCACUGCUACUACUAUAGCUGCCGCCGCUGGUGAAGACUGCCACCACGAUGAUGACGAUGACGUCAGUAGCAUUCCACAGAAUGAAGAAAUUCUCAAGCGGAAAGUGCGCGCGUGGUGUACGGAGCUUCAGCAAUGGGAAGAACAACUACAACAUGGUGUUGAGCAUGAGAAGAAACUGCAAAACUCUAGUGCCGCCAUCGCCCGAGAGGCCGCUUAUCUUGUGCGAGAGCGCAGUAAUGGCCAGCCUGUCUACGUAGUGACGUCUAAAGCAGGCCAGUCGUUCGUUCACCUGAGUCUAAAAAGCAUGGAGGACCUCCGAGUGAAGUUCAAGUCACCAAGUGCGCAGGCAUGGAAGACAAUUGUUCGUGGGGCCCUAAAGAGCAUCUUGUGGAAACACGUUCGACUCAUCACGACUCUCUUCCACCAUUUCGGCUGCGCCGACGCCCAUCGUAUGUACGAGGUGCAGUUCUGGCGCUUUGUUGAAGAGAGCCGAGUGAUGAUCGAUCCUCUGACGCCGUUGGCGGUGGCACAUAUCUUUGACACGGUUGUAUCACCCCAACUGGCAGCAACGCUGCGCGCCAACAUGAAGGAUGAAAAGAGCACAUCACUGGAGGAAGUAGCUCAGGAAGAGGUCGAUAUUCGCCUUGUGAAGCCGGCGCAAUUCACGGAGAUGCUGGUGCGCAUGGCAACGACCCGACAUGCUGUAAGUCUGUUUGAGUCUACAGAUCGGUUUCUGAGCGGCCUGCAAAUGCCUGUUAUGAAAGGCGUUGCACCCAUCACGCUGUUGUUCUACGAGCCAGAGCCGCAGCGCGUCGUGGAGUAUUUUCAGCACGACCUGGCACGUGUGUUCUUCUUUUACAUGAAGCUUCAGUUGAGCGGCAGUAUGCGGGCCCGGUCGCGUUCUUUCCAGGGAUGUGGUCGCUUCACGGCACGCCUUACGCAUGUGACGUAUUUGAAACUUUUUGCCGACUGCGGCUUCCUCCGACCGGGCGACGACAACGAUAAUGACAACAACGACGAUAGCGACGACGAGUAUGACGAUGGUGGUGGGUACCGACGAAGAGUGCGCUUUAUCUCCUCACAAGAGGUUCUGAAUAUGCUUCAGUUGCUUCAGGGGCGCAUUUCUACCAUCCCUUCUGGAGAAAUCUGUUUUUCGCUAUUCUUGGAAUCCUUCAGCGUGGCCUGCCCGUACUGGUGGCCGGAUCCAACAGUGCCACUGUCACGAAAGCUCGCGGCUUUUCUUGCCGAUAUGGUGGAGAGGCUGCGUGUGGUGUAUGCGCGCGAUACUUUGGUGUUGGCUGCCCCACCGUUCAUUGCGCUCCAAGGUGAUGAGCAUGUCGAUCUUCCUCAUUAG